GUACACUACGCGUUUGCCUCGACGACGACUACGACUGCGACUGUUGUUCGCCACUGUAAUGUAUCUUCAGUAUGCCAUCAACCGCGCUGCCGAUCGGUUUGAAAUUUGCGAACCAAAGUUUUUCCUUAUUCUCUAUAAAUAUUCCGACGACGAAUCCAAAGUACAGAAUCACUUGUGGCAUCGGUAGCCAAACAACAUUCACUCAACGUUGUAUCUUUCUCUCAGUUUUUGUUUUGUUUUUGAGUCUUGUCGUAAGUUGCGUCGAAAUUUUCUUCGUGAAUUUUCAUUCAACUUAACAACAACAUAAUCGUCAUAGCCAUAACCAUCCGUGGUAUAUCUUUGUCGUCUUCGGCUUCGACUUCUUCCUCGUUUAGCUAAAGUCCAAGCCGUAUUUCCAAUACCCGUACAAAAAAAUAUCUACACAAAAAAAAGUAUCUCAACCGAAAUGCUAAAAAAGUGAAUGAGAAUUUGGGUUAUCUGCAGAAAGCGCUUUUAAAACGCAACACAACAAAAAAGAUACACGCGUGCUGCUGCAGUGCAUGCAUCGGGCGUAUACGCGACAUUUAUUUGAUAGUUUAAUUCUGGUUCUUUUUCAUCUGAUGCUGGGGCUUUCGUUUUCCAAUCAAAUAUGAAUUAAAUUUACCUUUGAAAGUCAUCAAAAGUGCAUCUUCUCAAUACAAAGAUAUUCCAACUUGUGUAAAAAAUUUAAUAAAAUUUUUAAAUCAAAAUCGUGGCGCGUUUUGCCGUCGCUAAAUUGCAUCUCGCGUAUCUCGUUUAUCGUCGCCGCACUACACUUUUUAUAAGUAGUUUUUAGUAGAGUACGAGUACGAAUUCGAGCACCUGAACCGAGUUCGCAUGCUAAACUGUGCAAUUUUAUAUAUUUUAAAAGUGAGAAAAAUUAAAAUUGAAAUCAAUUGAAAAUCAAAAAAAAAAAAAAUAAUUUAUAAAAGUUUUGAGAAAAAAUAAAGUAAAAGCAAUUUCCGUGUGUGAAAUGUGGAACACACAUCAUCGUAUCAUCGCUUCUGAUAGGCGAUAUGAUCAAUCAUGCUAAAUAUUUUCUCAUCAAUCCAUGAAAAAAGUGUGAAAUAUUUUUUUGAUAAAAAUAUGAAGCACUUUAAUUAAAAAAAAUAUUUAAAAAAUACCAAUCAAUCAAUAAAGAAACAAAAUCACUAAAUUGAUAGCUUAGAGAAAAAGAGAAAAAAGUAAUUUAAAAAAAUAAAAUUUUGACAUAAGAAAAGUUCAGAAAAUCAUGCUACAAUCGAAUAAAUUUAACGCGACAAGAAGUCGGACGCUUCAAAAAUUAGAUGCCAUCAAUUGGAUUGUGAUUGCAACAAUAUUUUUAAUGGCCAUCAAUAGUAAAAUUGUGACGAUACAAGCUGCAGAUACAUUGUUGGGGAAUCUCCAAUCGUGUUCCAACGAAGGUGAAGAAGUUCAAAUUCAAGGAAUACAAAAUUCGAAUUGCUUCAAAUGUGCCUGCCAGAAUGGAUUUGUUAAUUGCGAUAAAGAGAGCUGUCCACAUAUUGAUGAUUGCUAUUUGCUGGAUCCAAAGGCAUCAGAUACCUGUUGCAGGAAGUGCAAAGGUUGUGUAUUUAAAGGUAUCACCUAUGCCAGCGGUGCUGAAUGGACAGAUCCUGAAAAUCCUUGUUUAACAUACAAAUGCAUUGCAAGUGUCAUAACAGAAACAACAAUGAAAUGUUACACACAAUGUGAUAAUAAUCAAAUAAUGCCACCACGGCCUGGAGAAUGUUGUCCAACUUGUUGGGGUUGCAAAAUCAAUGGUCAAACUGUUGCUGAAGGUCAAGAAGUUGUAGCGUCUAUUGAUGAUCGUUGUUUAGUAUGCAAAUGUUCCGGCAGAAAGUUAACAUGUGCCAAAAAAACUUGUCCGGUCUUACAAUGUCCCAUUUGGAAACAAGUUCAACAUCCUGACGAAUGUUGUCCCCGAUGCACAGAAAAGCGAGAAUUCAUGCAAGUUCAAGGAAAAUGUAUCUUCAAUGUCAAGGUCUACAACGACAAUAAGCAUUUCAUUCCAGAUCGAUGUUCAAAUUGCACCUGUUCGGAUGGAACAUCGAUUUGUCGUCGUGAAACCUGCCCCAUAUUGGAAUGUUCCCCGGAAUAUCAGGAAAUGGAUUCGGAUGGUUGUUGUCCUCGCUGUAUGAUUUCUGAACUUCGGUCCGAGUGCAAUUACAACGGAACAACCUAUCAGAAUGAUGAGACCUGGAAUAUGGGACCUUGUCGGUCGUGUCGAUGUAAUGCUGGUACAAUACGCUGCGCUGAGAUGAAAUGCCCACCGAUCAAGUGUAAGGCUAAUGAACCUGUUGUCAUACCACCGGGACAGUGUUGUCCGAAAUGUGUCGAGACGGCCGGAACGUGCACCGUUUUUGGGGAUCCUCAUUUCAAGACAUUCGACGGGAAGUUCUUUAGCUUUCAGGGAUCGUGUAAGUAUCAGUUGGCGGCUGAUUGUAGAGAUCAUACGUUUACUAUACGUCUUACCAACGAUGGGCGUCAGACUAAGCGUUCUUCGUGGACAAAGACCAUCACACUUAAAAUGCGAGGCGUUCGUGUGACAUUGGGACAGAAACUCCGGGUCAAGGUUAAUGGCAGUCGGGUGAUUUUGCCCUAUUCACGAGGUCCGAUCGUGAGUAUUGAGCGUCUUACCGAGGGAAUUCUUCUCAAGACCGAGCUGGGACUGCAACUGGAAUGGGAUGGCAACAAUUUCCUGCAAGUACAAGUACCAUCGAGCUACAAGAGUAAACUCUGCGGCCUCUGUGGAAAUUUCAACGGCAUUGGUCGCGACGAUCUCACUUCCCGUGAUGGCAACAAUCAUUCCGACUCGGAAGUCUGGCGUUUUGCGAACUCCUGGAAAGUUGGUGGCCCUAAAGCGUGCAGCCGCAAAAAGGAGAACAUUGCAGUGCCACCGAUUUGUAAGCAGCGACGCAGUAGCAACAGUUGCAAACCACUAAUGGAAUCCGAAGUAUUUGGAGACUGUGAUAGUAGACUUAAUCCCCGGAACUACUUUGAGUCCUGCAAGAUGGACUCGUGUGAGUGCAAGACAGGCAUGUGCCAGUGUGACAGCUUUGCCGCCUAUGCUCACGAAUGCAAGCGACUAGGAGUUAAGAUACCCGAUUGGAGAUCGGCAACAAACUGUCCCUUGGGAGUGCAUCGCAAGGCCCUGCAUCAAACGCUGCCAUUUAACAAUAAUAAGAUGAUAGAUGGCAAUCAGCUAUAUAGGGGCGGUGGAGGAGGAAGAGGAGAUGGCAACUUGCCUAGCAUUUCAAACCAUCUCUCAAGGCAGUCAAAAAAGCGAUUGCACAUGCAAAUGCAAUCGCAGGAGCAUGAGUUCUUCACGAAGCAUAUACCAAAAGCAUUGCGUAUACCGAAAUCACCAGAUCGAACGCCCCCGCCACUGCACUAGGGUAAGCAGUACGGCAGGCUGGAUUAAAUUUUAAUUGCGGUUUUUUAUUACCGUUUUACUAACUUAACUAUAAUUGUAAUUGUAAUUUUUUUAUUAUGAUUUUUUAAUUUAUUUAAGAUUCUUUUUUAUUAUUUUAUUUAAUUUUUUUUUUAUUUUAAUUUAAGUGAUUUUAACUUAUCAUGUAAGUUUAAGUGAGUAACAAAAGUGAGUGAAAUAUAUUAAAAAAAAAUAAAAAAGAACGUACAAUAUUCCUAACAGAAAAGUAAAGAUAUACAAAACUAAAAGUCCUGGAUGCAAUCUUAAGGGUCUAAAGUAGUUUAGAGUGUAAAAUGAUUCCUAAUAACUUACACUCCUUAAACCUCACUCUUCCCCCUUCCCCCUUCCAAGAAUUUGAUAAACGAUCUCAAAAUCAUCGUACAAAAUUUGAAAUACAAUAGAACCAUUUUAUCAUGAAUUGUACUCCUUCAUUUUAAUUAUUAGUUAUUUAAGUACAAACAAAAAUUCCCACAUCACAUUUUUUCUCUUAUAUUUCAUCACACUAACUUAACACACUCCAAAAUCUUAAAUUUGUAUAUUUUUUUCCUAGAUAUCUAGGCAGCUGUUUUUCAAGCUUUCCUUAAGUAUAUAAGUCAGUUAUUUUGUAAAAUUUCAUGUCUUUUAUAUUUUGUAUAAACAGAAAUCAUGAAUGGUAUCCCACUUCUGAGUGUUGGGCGCCACUCAAAUAAUUCCAUUAAUUUACAUAGACAAAAAUAUAAAAGAACCAAAUCAGCUUACAGAGGCUAACACAACAAUAAUAAAUAUUUUCUGUAAUGGACUCUCAUGUUGCUUAAUUUUAUUAAUUUUCUUAUGACAUUUGCAUUGAAAUAUUAAGACUUCGAAAAACGAUAGUCAAGCUAAGACUUUAAACAGAAAUAUUUUUUUUUAAAUCAUGUUUUGUUGUAAAGAAACACUACAAGUCUACUUUUUCAUAAAUGUAUACGAGACUAUCCUCUUAAUUGCCAUCAAUAAUAGAGUAAAGUACUGUAGCAAAACAGCUUUAUGUUGCUGACAUUUUCAAGUUUAUGUCAGUUAAGACCCACAAUCUAGUGACUGCUUGUUUGCAGAGUUCAUCUAAAGAUAUUUUUACUGACACCAAACACAAAAACAAAUUAUCCAUGCCCCUUUAAUGACAGUUCUCUUAGAAAAGAACUAAGAGCCCCGCAUCGGGCGCCACGUAAAAAGAAAUUAAUUUGACAGCUUUAAAAAUUGCAGUGACCAUAUAAAAACAACCAGUGAUCCCUUAAUCUCCAGGACUUUUUCUAACAAAAAGCUAUAACCAAUUAUUUUUUGUAAAGCUUUUUCAUGAAAAUAAAAACAAAAACAGGCAGUUUAAGAAAACAAACAAACAAAAAAAACAUGAGUUAUCCUUUUAUUAAAGGACUCUCUCACCACAGACAAAUAAAGUUCCAAGCGUAAUUUUAAAUCUCAUCUCAUAAUAUUUUAUUUUUAUUUUUUUAUUUUGUUUUUAAUUUUAUUUUAAGAAAAUAAGUUUUAAAAAAUAAGAACAAAAGAACAUUAUAUCUAUAAAUAUAUUUUUAUUAUUUAUAUUUAAUGCAAAUUUCGCAUAAAAAUCCAUUUUUAUUAACAUACAAUUUUAUUUUAUGCAUAGUUUUGUAUUGGUAAAUAAAAAUUAUCAUUUAUACCGACGACACAGACAAAGCAACCACAUAAAAUAAUCACAAGUGUUUUAAACAAAAUAAAAAUUAAAGCCAUUGUUUUAUUAUUAUUUUAUUUUUAUAUCAUAUUAAAUUUAAGAUGUACAUUUUUUACUAUUUCUUAAGGCAUGAUUAUUAUUUAAGUUAACUAAUAGUUAAUUAUUAGUUCUCGCUAUGUACCUUAAUUAUUUUUUAAUUGAAUUUCUUAAAUAAAAAAUAUAUUAAACAAAAAUAAAAUAAAAUAAAUUAAACACAUAAGAAGAAAAAGUGAAAUAAAAUAAAUUAAAAUGCUAUUUUUUGUUUAGCUAUUUGUGUACUUUUUGUGUUUUUUAAAUAAUCGCAUAAAUGUUGUGAUCAGAUAUUCUUUUGUUAUGUCUUUGAAUGGUUUGAAGGGGAGUGAGGAAUUAUCAAAUGUAAACAUCUCUUCAAAAACAAAAUAGAGAUUUAUUUUGGGAUUAAAUAUUUACUUACACAUAUUUUGCUAAGCUUCAAACAUUUUUUGUAAAUUUAAAUUUUAAUUUUUCAUUUGAAAUGUAUUGAUUGAUACAAAAUUGAGAAAAAAGAAUAAUUAAUAAAAAAUAUUCCCCUUUACUGCCAUACAUCGCACUACCAUAUAUAAACGAGUUACUUAACGUUCCACAAAACACAAACUUUUACAGUGUUUUGAAAAUAAUACAGUAAAUAUUAAAAUUAGACACUUACAAAUUACUUAAAAUAA